AUGGAACGUACUUGUGGAAUGUUACAACCGCUAGCAAAAUCACGUCUCCAUCCAUAUAAAAAUCUAACAAACAAUGUAUAUUUGUUAGAAUUAUUUAAUAAUUUGUGUUAUUUUAGAAAAUUUUAUGAUCAGAUUUUUCCUUCUAUACCUUGUAAAGAGUAUAAAGAACACCUGGUUUAUACAAAUCAGAAUUAUGAAGAAGAAUUUCAAUGGCCUUCUAAAACAUAUACUCUUACAUUCCAAGAAGUUAAAAAAAUAAAAGAUCAUUUAUCUGUAAUAGAUAAUCGUGCAUCAGGAAUGCGAUUAAAUGAUUUUGAAACCAACGGAACAAAAUUUGGUCAUUUAAUAACUUCCGAUGGUCGAGUAAUUGGAUCAGAGUGGAUACGUAGAAAUAAAGACUGGGCACGAAUUAAUUACACUGUUUUGACCCGUUUAGAAAUUGACAAAUGGGCACACUUACCAAGUGCAAUCCCGGAAUUUGUAACUAAAUCAUUUUACGCCCAGGUUAAUUAUUUUUUUUUAUACGAAUAUAUGGAUCAGAAAAUAAUGCUAGCGAACGUAACAUGGACAAAUGAAGUUAAUGAAGAUUCAUUAGGUACAACUUCCUUUGUAGGUGAUGGUUCUACACAAUUUAUUGAUGUUACUGCAAUCAAUAGAUGUGUAGGUUUUAUGAAAUUGGGACGUAAAACAUAUAUUAUUGAUAAGGAAUGUAUGGAAGAAUGGGAAUAA